AUGACCGCCUACGGGGUUACGGGCUACAUCCACCGGCUCGAUGAGGACCGAGUCGCCAAGGUGGCAAAGACAUCCUCGCUGGACUAUCAUGUCGGAACGCCGGUCUCUGAUGACACGGAGUAUAUAAACGAGGUCAACCGCAAGACACUCGAGAACGAGGUCGCCAUCUACAGACGGCUGGGCCACUCCGCCGGAGCCCUUGAGGCUGGCUGGAUUCCAUUCGUCAUCGAUACACUCUCUUACAUCCAUUCCCGGAGAGUCUUGGUGGGCGACAUUGCCCUCCGGAACAUCUUGGUCAGCGAUGGACAGCUCAAACUGGCAAAUUUUGGCCAGUCUAUACUGAUAACUAUGUCGACAGAUAUGGACACGGUCUGCGGCAAUGAUUUGACAGCGGGAAUAGACAUUCUCCAUCUUGGCUGGGUCUUCUUCUACUCGAUCGCUGUCUGGCGCGUACAUCCAUAUUACUUUUUCGACAGAGAACACGACAUGCGGUGGCCGACUCCGUAA